GUAAUUUUAGGUUGACUGUUGACAUGUUGUGUGUUGGUUCGUUGUGUGUUAUCUUCCACUUUCCUUAAUUUUCGGACCUUUAUUUAUGUUACGGGAUGUUUAAUUUGAGACCAUAUUAACUUUUCGGAAUGGAUAUAACUACAGAGUAGAAAAUGGAUGAUCUCACAUCUGGGCUCGACCCGGAUAUGCUGAUGGACCUGGAGGAUCCUGAAGCAUCUGAACUGGAGGAUGAAGACGAGGAAUUUGUCGAGGAACCUUUACCUUCACCGCUUCAACUGCCUUCUUCCGGACCUGGAUCGACAGCUACAUCUAUCACAAGUUCACCCCCGAACAACGAUGAUUUCUUACCCCCUUUCAAUUUUACCGGCAAACCGCUUAGUUCUAUCAGAAGGGGAAGGGGCAGGCCGAGGAGGGAAGGAGGUAAACCUCUACCUCGUAAACAACCGAUCGGGAGCAAAGUCAGAAAACCGAGACCUCCGGGUUCCGGUCGAGGCACCGGCCCCAAACGGGUCAGGGUGGACAGGGACUACGAGUUCAGUUUAUCAGGCGACGACAUGGGCAUGUUGGACCCCGAAACUGGGGCCUUCGUUUUCAACGACAAGCCGGCCCUGCCGAGCGUAGACGAUAUGCCGUACGCGCCCGAGGCCUGGCCUGGUAAAGUCUGCGCCUUUUGUAACCUGGGGGAGAGGAGCCAACUGGGCCAGGGGGAGUUCCUCAGGCUCAGUUGCCCGGACGGUUUCAUCCCUCAAAGAAUGACGACGUCUAAUUCCCCGAGUACUUCGAGUACCAGUCAAGAGAAAGAAACGGGUGAUAAAAGUCCUAGGGGUCCUGUGACCUGCAGGAGACAGAAGAGUUUCAACAAAUGCAGACAUCCCUCCAUGACAAGCGAAUACGUGGAUGAAUUGACAAUUAUAGGUUAUUCCGAUGAACCAGAGGUGUCCCAGUUGUAUGAGCAAUCGGGACACUUCUAUGUCCACCGUAACUGCGCUCUGUGGUCCCACGGAGUUGUAAGAAAUGAACAUUACGCGUUGGAAAACGUGGGCGUUGUCGUGCUGCAAAGUUCUUCCAGAAAGUGUUCAUUUUGUAACCAUUUCGGAGCCAGCUUGGUCUGCAAGGCGGACUCUUGCAACAAAGUAUACCAUUAUCCGUGUGCCACAGCUGCAGGUGCCUUUCAAGAUCUACCGACGCUGUCUACGUUUUGUAACAGUCAUCUCACCCAAGCGUCUUACUGCGAAUCUACCAUAUGUUACACUUGCAAAGCCCCGGGAGAUAUCGCGAAUUUGGUGUUUUGUUCCACGUGUGGCGAACACUACCACGGGACAUGCGUUGGGUUAGCCCAGUUGCCAGGUGUUCGCGCCGGUUGGCAGUGCAGGAAAUGCAGAAUUUGUCAGGUUUGUCGCAGCACCGGCGAUGAGUCUAAGUUGAUGACCUGCGAACAGUGCGACAAAGUGUACCACGCCGGGUGCCAAAGACCGAUUGUGACUACCAUACCGAAGUACGGUUGGAAGUGUAGGUGUUGCCGCAUAUGCGGCGAUUGCGGUUCGAGGACGCCAGGAGCGGGAUUGUCGUCUAGGUGGCACGCGCAUUACACAGUUUGCGAUUCCUGCUAUCAACAGCGUAACAAAGGGUUCAGUUGCCCCAUAUGUCGUAGGGCCUACAGGGCUCACGCCCAUAGGGAGAUGGUGCAAUGCAUAUCUUGUAACAGAUUCGUCCACGGUACGUGCGAUCCAGAAGCGGAAUUGAGCACUUAUCACGCCAAGAAGGAAACUAACCCAGAGUAUGAAUACGUUUGUAGUUUGUGCAAGAGCGUGAGCAGAACUACGCAACCGAUUUUGUCCAAAAGAAACAGCAUAGAUGACGGCGGGGACUCGCUGUCCGCGUCCCAAGAAUCCCUCUACGACGACAUGUACGACUUCGACGCUUCUGCGAACGAGGGCGGCGCGCGCAGCAUGGGGCUCGGCAAGGGCAAGCCGUACAGCGCCCUGAAGCUGGCCAGCAGCCGCAAGCGGCUCCUCUCGGCCGGCAGCGGUCAGCCGGGCAGGCCGAAGGGCUUCGGCAAGGUCGGCUUCACCAAGAAGCAGCGGCUGAACGAGUUCGGCAGGAAGAGGGGUCCCAAGUCGAAGAUGAGGGGCAUGUUCGGCUUCCCGGGGGUCGGGCUGCAACGGCCCACCUCGGCGGACGGCAAGGGCAACGACGACGACCCCGGCGUCGAGAAGAAGCUGGUGCUGUGCUCGGCCACCGACAGGUUCGUGCUCAGCCAGGACGUAUGCGUGAUGUGCGGCGCCCUGGGCACCGAUCAGGAGGGCUGCCUCAUCGGGUGCGUGCAGUGCGGACAGUGCUACCAUCCGUACUGCGUCAACGUCAGGGUCACCAACGUCGUGCUGCAGAAGGGUUGGAGGUGUCUAGAUUGCAUCGUGUGCGAAGGAUGCGGCGAAAGAAACGACGAAGAAAGACUGAUACUCUGCGACGAGUGCGACAUCUCGUAUCACACCUACUGCAUGGACCCUCCCCUAGAGUUCGUGCCCAGGGGGACGUGGAAGUGCAAGUGGUGCGCGAUGUGUCAGAAAUGCGGAUCGACCGAUCCCGGUUUCAACAGUACCUGGAUGAACUCUUACACCGAAUGCGGACCCUGCGCAUCGCACUCUGCCUGCGCCAGUUGCAUGGAACCCUACGCCGACGGUGAGCUGAUAAUACAGUGCGUGCAGUGCGAGCGAUGGCUUCACGGCGCCUGCGACUCCGUCAAGACCGAGGAAGACGCCGAAAAAUGCGCAGAGGACGGCUACAACUGCAUCCUGUGCCGACCCAGAGACGUACCGCCGCCCCAUCAGGUACCGGUGGCGGUCGUCAAACCGCCAACCCCCGUCAAAAGCCCCGAGGUCAAGUCGAACGCCAACUACUUCAUGGACGGCAUCUACCUGAGCGAGUCCGGCCACAACCUGAUCAAAUCCCUGACCUCCGAGCACCACACCACCAGGAAGAAGAGGAAAAAAGUGCCGACGGUGCAGGACAAGGAGGCGGGGAUAUUGGCGACCAUAGAAUCCGUCGUUGCCGGCGGCAACACCGAAGGAAAUCCCCUGGACGAUAACCCUAAAAUCGAGAUGAUGGACGUCAAGGAGGAACCGCAAGAGCUGUACAAGGAGGGGAUGAUGUGGACCAAGGAGGACGGUCCGCCGCCUGAAGGAUUCACGAUUUUCACGAUGGAAAGCGGCGUCAGCGUCUUGAGGAGGAAGAGACAGAGGAAUCUUCAAAAAAUGGGCAUCGGCGGGUUUCUCGUCAAGGUGCGGGGCUCCCGCGUCGGUCAGGAGAACGAAGAGUUCGACAACCAGCUGCGCGUCCAGUCGCUCCAGCUGGGCGCCGAGCCCGGCUCGUCGCAGGGCAUGGGCGUCGUCUGUCAGGACUCUGAGAAACAGAAGAAGAAACCGAUCAGGCGGAAGGUGAAGAGCAAACUGUCCGAGACGUUUCCUCCGUACUUGCAGGAGGCGUUCUUCGGCAAGGAACUCUUGGACAGCACGAAGGAAAUGGCCAGUUCGAGCAGCGACGAGGAGAAACCGAACGCCGACGCCGACAAGUCGAUACACCUGUCGCAGGACGAGAUGAGGGCCGUGGCCGCCAUAAAUUGGAAGAAGGAAGAGCCCACGACCACCCAGUCGACGUCCAACAGGAGCAACUUCGCGAGAAUGGGCGCCCCCAAGUUGGCGCCCAUGAUCAUGAAGAAGGAGGAGGAAGAGGACCCCGAGGAGUUCAAGGACGUGUUGAACCUGCCCGGCGACCUUAUCGACAACGAUCUGGUCAACACGCUGAUGAACCAGGACGACGACGAGCUCACGAAGAACUCGGCUUCUCUGGACGCCCUGGCCAGAGACGCCAGUCUACCAGACGACGCCGACAUAGCCGACACCUUAGGAAGCGCCGAAAACUCCAAAGAUACCAAAGACGAAUUAAGUGAUAUAUUAGGAUCUCAUUUCGACCUAGACGCCAUACCGAACAUUAACAGUAAGGACGUUGAGGAUAUUUUCAAGGGCGUCCUCACGGACGAAUCGCAGGAAUCUCAGGAGAGCAACGCUUUCUCCAUGCCCGGCGGGAACAUAUUCCAGAACGCCGCGUCUCAACCGGCCCUGCCUCAGCACCCGAUGCCUCAGCCGCCGAUCAGACCCACGUCUCUGCCGACCGUCCAGAAUAACCUCAAUUCGCCGCUGAACUUCCCCGCGCAAUCGCCGUAUCACUCGGAAUACAGCAACAGCCCGCAGUUCAGCCCCGCCUUCUCGGAGCCCGCGCAGAACGCGUGGGUGUCGUCGGUGAACGACGCGCCGGACGUCGAAGCGUCCGCGCCCAUCUCCUCCACGCCCUCGACCUACAACCAGAGGUCGUCGGAGAAGAUGAAGGCGGACGAGGGUUUGGGCGACGGCGCCACCAUCUCGGCCGUGCUCUACGCCAACCUGAACCAUCCGGAGUGGAAGACGGAGUUUCCGAACUGGAGCGACCGUUACAAGCAGAUGAUCAAGAAGUGGAGGACGCUGAGCACCGAGCAGAAGGCGCCCUAUCUGCAGAAGGCGAGGGAUAACAGGUCGACGCUGAGGAUGAAGAAGCAGACGCAGUCGCAGGCCAGCAAGGAAGCCACGUCGACCGGCGUGACCUCGUCGACGUCCAAGGUGGCGGUAACGCCGCCGCAGCCAGUGCCCGCCGCCGUCGUCAACCAGCUGCAAAGCAACGUCGCGGUGCCAGCAGCGUCAGAGGACCAGGAGAAACUGAACAACCAGAGAAACGCCGCCAGAGAGGCCGAGCAGGAGAGGCAGUGGAAACAGCUGCAGGCCAUGAGGCUGCAGCAGGCCCAGCAACAGCAACACGUCAUCCACGAGCAGAGGGCCCAAGGGUUUCCGUCUGUUCCAGCCAUAGCGCGCGUCCAGCGGAACAUCGGCGACGUCAACCAGCCGUUCCUGCCCGACCUCCAGGUGAACACCGCCCUCCAGGACAUCGCGCCGCCCGCUUCCCCCUCCCCCCGUCAAUUCCCGUCGCUCGGUAUGAAAUCUCCCACCUUCUCUCACCCGUCCGCGCCCUCCCUAAGACCCACAACGCCCAGUCCCGCGCACGAUUUCUCGCCCGAUUCUACCGAUCCCUACGCGCAACAACCGCCCACGCCCAAACCUCAGAACGCGGCCUUUCAGACGACGCGCCCACAGGGCGCCGACGCUUUCGUCGUUCAACAGCCGCAGAUCAGGCAGCAGUUCGUGCUGCCGCCCAGGGCGACACCGCAGGGCCUACAGACCAGACAGGACGGUCCGGAGAUCAACAACCACCUCAGGGACCUGCUGCAACGUCAGCAGUUCAAGAAACUAGACGAACAGGCGUUGGCCGGCAAGGGGCAACAGAGAUUGUGGCCGCCGCCCAACGACGCCCAAGAGGGCAACGAGGCGCCCGCAUCUAACGCGCCCGGCACUGCCGAUGGCACUUUCAGGCAACCGCUGCCUCCGCCGGGUAUAGUCAGACCUAGGAUGCCGGCCGCUCUGCCCAAUCUACAGAGGCAGGCGCUCAUCGGGCUCAGGAUGCAGCCGGUGCAGAACCUAGACACCAGGAUGAGGAUGCUCAUGCAGCAACAGCAGCAACAGGUCAAGAAAUCCUUGCAGCAGAGGCUCGCUCUACAGAACCCCGCCAUGCAACAGCCAGGUCUGCAACAGCCGAACGUUCAAGGACUUCGUUUCGCUCCAGUGCCACCAUCUGGCGAUCAAUACGAGCAACUUCUACAGAGACAACACAUCUUCCAGAACAAGAUGAUGGACAACCAACAGCAGCAGCAGCAACAACAGAACAUUUUGAAACAACAACAGCAGGUGCAGAACCACCAGCUCAUGGCUAAAUUACCGGUGACCCAACACCAGACGGAAGCCUCCAAUCUCAUGGUAUCGAGCUCUACCACCAGCGAGCAAGAGAUACCGGACAACGUGACGGCUGAGCUGGAAAAGUUGGAACAGGAGACCGGCACCAUGGUGGAGCUCCAGGGAGUGAGCGACAUCCUGGGAGGUCUCGGCGAAGACGACGACGAACUACUCGCCGAAAUGGGCGCCGAUUUCAACAUUCUCGAGUACGCCGAUCCCGAGCUAGAGGCGCUUGCGGGCGAGAAGACCAACAUCCUGGAUCUGGAACUGGAGGAGGAGCCGAUGAAGAAGGAGAAGGCGGCCGUGAGACACGCCCAGCCCGCUGCUCCCGCCCCCGUCCAGCAGAUGGCGCCGCAGAUGGAGAUAAAGAAGGAACCCGUACCUUCGAAUAUUCCUGUUUCGCCCCAACAGCAGCAACAGCAGCAUCAGCAGCAGUCGGCGGUGGUGAACAGCGGCCAUCCGCCGCCGCUCGCCCUGCCCCAGAACACCGUGCACCAGGUGCCUCCCAGCUCGGCGCCCUUGUUGCAGCAGAUACAUCAGCAUAUGAUACAGCAGGUACAACAAGCCGCCGCGCAGAACAGGCCGAUGGCGCCCGGAUCUAGACUACAGACGCUGGACGGCGUCACCGGCAUCGUGACGCCCAACAACAACGUACAACUCCACGUCCCGCCCAACUACCAGAGGAUGUUGAUGACGCAACUGCACAACCAGAAACUUCAGAUGAGGGUCGGUCAGUCCGUGCCUAGGGUAGGUCAGGCGUUGCCUAGGAUGUUGAACCCUAACUCGCAACCCUUGCACGGCGCAGGGUUGCCGAUGGGGGCUACGAGGAUGGGGGUUCCCCCACCGCCGCCCCCGCCUUACCCGGGACCGCCGCCGCCCUAUCCAGGGUCGUCCAACAAUCAGCAGCAGCAACAACAGAUGGGAUUGAGAAUGGGGCCUUAUCCUCUUCAUCAGAGCGGACACAUACAUCACAUACCGCCGCCUCUGCCCAGUUUUUCGCCGAUGAGAAGGCCGUUGCUGCUGGAGGAACAGCCGCUCCUGUUGGAAGAUCUGCUUGAGCAGGAGAAGAGGGAGCAAGAGAAGCAGAACCAGAGCCACGCCGCGGGCCAGAACAACUUGGCCUCAAUUGCCAACCCCGAGUCCGCCCUGCUCAGCGAUCACGAUUUCGAGAGAUUGAAGGCUGACGUUUUCGAUAAUAAUCUGGGUCUCGGACAGCCCGCUCCGCAAGUAGCGGCUCCGAUCGUCGCCCAGAACAUGUGGCAACACGGCCAGCAGAACCAGAGGCCGGUGCCGGCUCCCUCGCCCGCCCCGCAGCCCGCGGUGGACGUGCAGCCCAAGGUGCAACUGUUCAACGUCAACCUCCUGCCGGCGCCGCCCCUACCGCCCGAGAACAUAGCCACGGAACAGGACAAACAGACCCAGAUCGUGUACGAGCAGUGGUUGAACCACCAGAACAACAUCCUGACCCAGCAGCUCAGGUAUUACGAGACCGAGGUGCAGAAGCUGCGCAAGCUGCGUAAGUCGUUGAAUAGCAAACAGAGACAAUUGAAGAAGUCGGGCAACUCCCUUACCGAGGCCGACGCCACCGAACUGCAGAGGAUAUCGGCCGAACAGUCGAUCCUUCAGAAACACCUGGAAUCGAGCAGGAAGCAGACGCGGCAACACGGCAUGCUGAUACAGGUCUAUAUGAAGGAAUACCGGAACAAGCAAGCCAAGCAGCAUCCAACGUCCCCGCACAUGAUGGGCCAGCAGGGACAGAGCCCCUUGGGACCGCCGGGCAGUUCGCCGAUGCACCACCCGAGCACGUCGCAGUCCCCGAUGAUGUCGCCCUCGGCGUCCAUGUCGCCGUUGACCCAGCACAAUUCCCCGUUGCACAGCCCGGCCAACAUGCUCAGCCAGUCGCCGGGACCGGCCUCCGUGCCCAACCUGCUGCAGAGCCCGAGCAGCAUACCGGGAAGCGGCAUGUCGCCCAUGAACCCGUCGCCCAGGAUCGGCACCCCCCACUCCCAGAGCGACAGCCCGGUCCACUCGCCCUCCCAGAUAUGCCUGCCGCCGCCCGCCGCGCCCAGGAUGACCUCCCCGCAACACCGGAGGGUGGUCACGAGCCCAGUGGCCUAUUCCAACGACGCCAGGCCCCAGAUGAGGUUCAUAAGGGCGCCCAUGAACGAACACUCGCCCGUCCUGCAGCAGAGGAUCGUCAGGAUGGCGUCGCCAGGUUUCCAGCAGAAACCGGGCACUCCGUCGCCGAUGAACAGCCCCCCGCCCACGGGGCAGAUCAACCUCUCGCACCACCUGCUACAGAAGCAGCUCCACCAGCAGGCCUUGUUGCAACAGCAGAUGGGGGACGGGAAUCAGAACGAGGCGGCUUUGGCGCAGUUUCAACGCGCCGCCCAGCUGAUGAAACAGAGGAAUAUGCUGAGGCAACAGCAGCAACAGAUGGGGCAACAACAACAGUCGCAACUGGGGCAACCGCAACCGCUCACCCCGCAACAGCACCAACUGAUGAUACAGCAGCAACAACAGUUGGCCAAGCAGCAACAGCAACACAUCGCCCAGUUACAAGCGCAGCAAAGACUGUUGAAUCAACAACAACAACAGCAGCAACAACAACAGAACAUACAACCGCCGAAAUCACCGAUGCCGCCUAAGAGUCCGAUGGUGCAACAACAGAUCAUGUCGCCCCACUCCAUGCCCCCGUCGCCCAUGCCUCCAAAAAGCCCCAUGAUGGCGUACGGGCAUCAGCAACAACAACAGCAGCAGCAACAAUCGCAGCUCCAACAGCAGUUACAGAACCAACCGCCUCACUCGCCGAUGGCCCGAAGUCCGGGCUUCCACCAGGGCAUGGGGCAACCGCCCAGCAGCCCCAUGCACCACCAGUCGCCCAGUCCGGUGCCCAGGAGCCCGAUGAUGAGCAACCCGAUAAUGUCGCCGAUGAGCAUGCGUAGACCUUCGAGCACGCCCGACAUCCCGGAGCGACCGAUGAGCGUCGAGCGUCCGAUGAGCGUGGAGAACCCGCCCACGCCCAGGACGCCCUCCUACAUGAUGGACGGUCAUAACCAAGGGGGCGGCGGUAACCCCAACAACCCCUGCAACCCCAUACCGGCCCCGCCGACCAUCAGAUACUUCAAGUUGGGCCUCAGGGGCGGUUCGCCGAUGUGGAACUUCGCGAGGGGGGCCAAGAGAGUCCCCACGCCCCCUUCGACCAGCGCGGACAAGACGAAGACGGAGGGCGUGUCGCAGGCGUCCAGGGCCGUCAAGAAGGAGUCUCACCUGAGCAAGGUGUCGAUCUUGAAGAAGAGGCCGACGGGGAAGCUGCACGCGACCGCCAAGAUGGGUUCUUUGGUCAGCAGCGAUUAUAACGACCUCGACGACAGUUCGAGCACCCCCCCGUCGCCAGUGGCGUCCACCAGUCAGAAAAAAACGUUGGAAGAGGUCAAGGAAGACCAUCAGAUGGUCGUUAUGGAGACCACUCCGGAAGAGAUCAUCGAUUUCGAAGACGACAACAGUACGGUGUUGUCCAACGAGGUUUCGCUGAACUCCGCGGCUCAAAACGACGGGGACGACGUCAUGGAAACCCUGUCGCAGAGCGAUCUGAACGACGUCAUGUCUAGUCCGUUGGAUUCUGCUCAGAUCUCCGAUGAAUACCUGUUGUUUCACGGCAACGUGGUAGACCUGGGGGAAGAGCAGUUCUCCGAUAAGGAAGGCAUGGAGGAGUACGACGAGGAAGACGUCCACAUAGUGAUCAGGAGUCCGACCACCAGCGACGACGAGUACCUCAUGCAGGAGAAGAACAAGAAGUACAACAUGCAGACCAUAUCCUCGCAGAUCCUGUCGAUCUCUGAGGCUCCCGAAUCUCCCGAGGCCGAGGAGGCGACCACGGAUCCCUCCUCGGAGCACGAAGAGUCCGAGACGCAGGGUUACGAAGAGGCCGGCAACGCCGCCAUGAUGGACAAGAUGUCGGAGGAGCAGAUAUCGACCAAGGAGGACUUCGAGGAGUUGAUCGACGAGGGUUCGAGGAAGCAGAACCUGCUGAAAUCGUCUAUAAUCAACGUGUCCGAUCUGAACGAGUUUCACAAGUACACGUCGCAGGCUUACAGUAUACAACACCAGAAGAGCAUACAGGUUAUACAGAAACCUAGGCCGCAGAUGAAACAACAACCGCAGAAAUUAUCCAUAAUAACCACUCCAGUGAUUCAUAACGUGACCAGCGUGGCGUCCGACGGAAAGAUCACCACGACCCUGCAGAGUAGGUCAAACGUCCUAACCCUACCGAAACUGACGACAGUUCAACCGGUGAUAACCUUCGUGAGCGCAGGUUCGUCCCAGAUGAGUUCUAUAAUACCGGCAGGGUUCUCGGUACCAGUAAUCAGCGCAAGCGCGGUGAGACAACUGGCCAACGUGAAGGUCAUAGAUAAACCCUCGUCGUCCCUCUCGUUAAGCCACGAUAAGAGCCUACCCAAGAAGAUUUUCGAAGACGACUCCGUCUCCCCGGACAGUAGUUCCAAUUACGACGACGACAAGAAAGACUCUUCGGACGAAAAGUCCAAGAUGGACUCCCCGCCGGUGGAACAGCCCAGAAGGCCGAGUUUCUCGGAACAACAGUCGAACAAACAAGAAACGAACGUUAAGAUAUUGACUAUAGAGCAUAGAAGACCGUCGCCAGCGCCCUCUCCAUCAAACCAAGAGCACAGACGGUCCCCUCAACAAGAUACACCCAGUGACAACGCUAAAACUGUGGAAAGUUCGGUUUUACGGCCGAAGGCCCCCAGUCCGAUCAUCUCCAAGGCUUUAUCGUCGCCGGUCAUCAUUCACAACACGCCGGAGUUGAAGAUGACCGCUCAGAUUAUACAGGAAUCUCAACCUGGAAGGGCGGGUAGCGACAGCUUCGAGAUGAGCUCGUCGGAGGAUACGAAAUCGGUGGUUAUUUCGAUACCAUCUCCGACUCCCUCCCAAGAACAGAUGUUGGAUAAUCUCACUCUGCAGGCGAUGGAGAAGAGACGCAGAGAUGGCAAGGGUACCAUCCCCAGCGAGUUCGAAUCUUUCGAGGACGUCUUGGACAUGAUCGAGAAUUACACGGGGGAACCCCCGACCGUCCUUGAAGACAUAAAAGAUAAGAAAGAUACAGAGAUUGAAAUAAAACCCGAGACUACCAAACAAGAGGUUAAAAGGGAAGUUAAGACUAUCUCGGUCUUGAGCAACGUGGUCAAACAGACCAUGCCCCAACUAUCUCCAUUGUCACAACCGACAGAAUUGACUACAAACAUGGCGAACGCUUCGCAACAACUAAGAAGCCUACUUUCCUUACAUACCAGCAGCGCCACUUCCAGCACUGAAAGCGCGGUUAAGACAGAAGCUCAAAAAAUGACGUCUUCGGUUAUAAUGUCGGCCAGUCCGGUGGUGACCUCCAAGAUCAUCCAACACAUCGGGCAACAACCGACCAGCUCGACCUUGAGCACGGUCAUCGUGCCUAACCUAAAAACUUCGAUCAGUAACGUCAUCAGCAACGCUAUCAAAACGUCGAGCAUCAACCUACCGAAGGUUUUCAGCGUCGCGCAGACGCAGAACGUCGCGACCAGCGGCGUACAGACGCCCAGGAGCAUAUCUGGUUUUCACCUGAUCCCCGACUAUUCGAAAUUAGCGCCCGUCUCCGCUAUAAGUCAGAACGCUACGUCGACCAUGCCGCCCACUUCGUCCAUCUACAAAACGUCGGUUAUAACCACCAAUAGCGCGUCAACUAUUGACGUUAAGAAACCAACCUCCCUUUCUCUUAACGCCAUGUUGCAAUCCCACCCGGCGGCCAGCACUGCAAGUUCUACAGUCGAGACCAUAACGGCGGCCAGUCUGUUGGCCACGCCCAUCAGUCUGUCCAAGACGAACUUCAACGCAUCGCUGGUUCAAGCCCAACCUAACGCUCUGUUGGCACAAGCCGCUGCCAACGCCAUGAACAACACGCCCACCAGUCGGAUAACGCUGAACCUAACCUCCACGGCCCCUCAGUUGAUACCGACCAUCAGGACUACCUCCGGUACCAGUUUCUUGCACACGCAAUUGACGAAGGUGUUGAAGAAGCCCGACGUGGCCAAGCAGGAACCCAUGGAUACCGAUGAGAUCAAGCAAGAGGUGAAGGAAGAGGUUGAGGUUAAACAAGAGGUGGUUAUGGUCAGUAGACCGUCUAGUCUUCCGUCGUCCAAUAGAAACGAGGAGUCCCAGAACGUCUUAUUGAAGAAGCUGUUACAAAACACUGCGUGCGCAAGUAGCCAGUCGUCCCCCAUGUGUACAUCGCCAUCUAUAGUAUCAACCAGUAACGAUUUGACUAAACCAACUCCAACAUUAUCGUCUCUUUUACCAACCAGGACGGAACCAUUGAUGACUCCCCCAACCUCCAAACCCUUAACCCAAAAACCGACGUUGAUGACUAGAGAGACCUCUUUUGUGUCCAACCCGAUGGUGCAUCAGAUACCGACAUCCAGCGUCGUUACGUCCCAACCCUUACACAUAGACAUCAAGAAAUGCCUUCCGCCCAGUAGGACUCCAAGCAGGGAUGAUCUGUUGUCCCCUCAGACCCCAAGAUCGUCGGGAAGUCAAGAUUCCAGCCUUCAGACGCCGCCGUUGAUCAUGAAGAAAGACGGCGGUCAGUUGAUACCUCAGAGCCCCGCGUCCUUGAACCACGAGGUUAAAAGGGAGCUCAUAGACGAAACUUCUCAACAUUCCGAAGUUUCCGAUCAUAGUCGCUCUGACGUCACUGUCAAAGAAGAGGUAGAACCCAUGGACGUGUCGGAGAAGGUGCUGGUGGACCCUAAGGAGGAGUUGAAGAAGCAGAAACGGCGUUUGUACCAGCAGAAGAGGCGGCUGAACCAGUUGCAGAGCAAGGAGAGCUCGGCGCCGCCCAAGAAGAGACCCAGGAAGAGUUCGAAGGUGGAAGAAGACUACGAUACUUACCUAGACGGAGUGUUGGCCCAGCUCCGCACCCUGCCGCCGCUCAGCGUCAAAGAACCGGUGUUCCACAAGAACUACGGCGUGGUCCCGAUAUUCGGGUGCGGCGAUUUCAGCAAGCUCGGCACCAAGGAGUUCGACUCGAGGUACGGCGACCUGUGCGGGGUAUACGGCAACGCCUACCUACCCGGCUGUCUGGAUUACUACGAGACCAAGCCGUUCGGCGAGCUGGACCCGUUGCCGGACGUGGUGAACCCGUCCCCCUACCGCGAUUUCUACGAGCAAGAGUUCCCGCCCGUGUUCUUCGAGAGCGAGGAGAGCCUGAGGUACGACCUGUUCUCCAGGGAGGACCAGCCGGAGGCCUUGGAGCCCAGUUCUUCGCCAGAGGACGAGUACAGCGUGCGCAGACCGAAGCCCGAUCUGGUGGGGUUGGACCUGAGGUUCAGCGAGGGUAGGAAGAAGAAGAAGAGGACGAGGAGGAGGAAGAGGCGUUGGAUAAGGGUGAAGGUGGUCAGAACGAAGACGAUUGGGAAGAAACGGACCACCGAGCCUUGGAUGGACGAGCCUCCGGAAGCGGACAAAGAGAACGUGGAACGGGAGCUGGCAGUGGCCAGGUCUAAAACGGGACAAAGCGAGACGCCCCAGAGCGCCCCACCGAAAGACAACGGUAACGUCACUGUAACCCUGACGUUGACCUCUUCGGCUGCGGAGAACAUCAUGGGUGUGCUGAGGGAUCUCGCCAACAUCCUCCACAUACCGGCGCCCACGACCUACCAGAUCGUGGAGAGAUCCCCCACUCCGCCCAGCCAGAAGUUGGGAAUGUACAGGACUAUUGGAAAAGACGGAAAGGAGGGGGCCGCUAUCGAUAUACAAAGUAUCCUGAACGGCGCUGCCAAGUUCUGCAAGCAUUGCGACGUUGUCAUCGAUAAGGAGAAGGAGAAGGUGAUCAAGAAGAAGGUCUCCGAACUUCCGUUCUUGUAUAAGGACUCGGAACUGCUCGGGGAUGGCGACGAUCUUUAUUUCUGUGAUACAACAUGCUACGUCCAGUUCGCUGUCAUGAACAGGUCGCCGUUUAUGACGCAAGAUAAGGCUGCCGCCAUCAUUGACCACCUGAGCCAGAAGGACAAGGCCAAGAACGAUCCUUUCGACCCUAAAAACCUGGUCAUAGAGAAGAUGACAGUGCAGAAAGACGACAGGUUGAUUCCAGCGUUCGGAAAACCGUACGACAGCAGGAUGGAAGUGGUUGGUCAACCCUUCAAAUGGAGAGGUACAAGGUACAAGACGUUCACCGCCGGCUGCCUGCAGCCAGCCAACCGCUACAAGAAACCCACCGACAAGGAGACGAUGGAGCUGCUGUACAAGCUGGGCAUAACGCUGGCCCCGCCCAGGGGCGUGGAAGACGCGAGACGCUGCAUGUUCUGCCACGGCGCCGGCGACGGCGUCGCCGACGGUCCGGGGCGCCUGCUGAACUACGACGUCGACAAGUGGGUGCAUCUGAACUGCGCCCUGUGGUCCGAGGGGGUGUACGAGACGACCAGCGGCGCCCUCAUGAACCUCGACAACGCCCUCAGACAGGGCGGGGUCUCGACCUGCGUACACUGCCACAACGCCGGCGCUACGGUCAGGUGUUUCAAGACCAGGUGCUCCAGCGUCUACCACCUGAACUGCGCCGUCAAGGACAACUGCGUCUUCUACAAGAACAAGACGGUCUACUGCCAGCCGCACGUGCCGAAGAACGAGAAAGACAACGAACUGACCACCCUCUCCGUCUCCCGAAGGGUCUACAUAAACCGCGACGAAAACAAACAGGUGGCCGCAGUCAUGCACCACACCGACACCGACCAUCUCCUGCGGGUGGGCAGCCUGAUAUUCCUCAACGUGGGGCAGCUCCUCCCGCACCAGCUGCAGAACUUCCACACCCCCAACUACAUCUAUCCGAUCGGCUACAAGAUCGUCCGGUUCUACUGGAGCAUGCGCCGUCCGAACAAGAGGUGUCGCUACGUGUGCUCCAUACACGACGCGCUCGGCAAGCCCGAGUUCAGGGUGGUGGUGCAGGACCCGCCCGACGAGGACGUCGAGUUCAGGGACGGCUCGCCCAGGGCCAUCUGGUCGCAGAUCGUCGACAGGCUGGCCGCCCUGCGCUCAGACCUGGGCGGCGUCCGGAUCUUCUCAAAAUUCGUCAACGGGGAGGAUCUGUUCGGGCUCUCGGAGCCCACGGUGGUGAGGGUGUUAGAGAGUUUGCCCGGCAUCGAAACCCUGACCGACUACAAGUUCAAGUACGGCAGGAACCCGCUGCUGGAGCUGCCGCUCGCCAUCAACCCGUCCGGGGCGGCCAGGUCGGAGCCCAAGCUCAAGGUGCAGCAGCACUGGAAGCGGCACCACACGCAGCGCUCGGCCGGUUCGUCGCUGAGGCCGCUGUUCGGGCCGUCGCCGCCCGGGCCGUCGUCGUUCAGCACCUUCAGCGAGUCGAGCUGCCCGUACAGCAAGCAGUUCGUGCACUCGAAGAGUUCCCAGUACAAGAAGAUGAGGCAGGAGUGGAGGAAUAACGUUUACUUGGCGAGGUCUAAAAUCCAAGGGUUAGGGCUGUAUUCUGCCCGCGACUUGGAAAAACACACCAUGGUCAUAGAGUAUAUAGGAGAGAUUAUAAGAACUGAAGUAGCUGAAACCAGAGAGAAAAGAUAUGAGGCAAAGAAUCGUGGAAUUUACAUGUUUAGGCUGGACGAAGAACGCGUCGUCGACGCAACCCUAACCGGGGGACUGGCGAGGUACAUCAACCACUCUUGCAACCCCAAUUGCGUGGCGGAAACCGUUGAAGUUGACAGAGACUUGAAAAUUAUAAUUUUCGCCAAGAGGCGCAUCCAGAGAGGAGAGGAGCUGUCUUACGACUAUAAAUUCGACAUAGAGGACGACCAACACAAAAUAUCCUGUAUGUGCGGAGCCCCGAACUGUAGAAAAUGGAUGAACUGAACGGAAAAACAUUCAACUUGUAAAAUUUUUAUAAUGUAUAGAAGUAUUUUGGUCAGAUAGAUUUUUACCGGGAAAAAAUUCACAAUACACUACCGAGACUGUCAGCAGUGCCAUUUAGUACUGGACAAUACUUAGAGAUGAAACACAUUCCACUUGUUACGGUCUACAUAGUUCAGGACCUGUGCUCGAAUAUAUUUUCUUAAAAAACGAUAAUUGUUAGGAUACUAUUCUUGUGAUCUGGGUUAGGGACCAAAAUUACCCCCACCCUAUUUAAUUUUAUCGAAAAUUCUAAAUCCUCGUUCAAGUAUUAUAAUUUACCUAGUGUUCCGAGUAAGAAUGAUAAUUAAUAAUUUAAAUGUUAUCAAGUUAAUUGGUUUGGAUCAUUCUUGGACCGUUUGAUGUAAAGCUUAGUUGUUUUUCUUUGAAAACAUGGAAUUACCUGCCAGAUGAUUGCUGUGCAAUAAAUUAAUGAUUAGAGAAAGGUGUAAUUUGUAAAUAGUUCAAAUGGAUAUUUUAUUAAGUUUUUUGUUUUUCUUCAGAUUUUAUACUUUUCUCGGACCCUUGUCUGAUUGUUAUCUGAUGUAUUAUUGUACAUUUUGUUUAUAUAAUUUUGUAUCGAUAUGAUCUUAUUUCGCAAUACUUUAUUGAUCCAGAGUGAUGAUAAUUUAUUUUUUAUGUAUCAAAUGUUGUUGAAUGUAAUUUUUGUCUGUUUUAUGGCAAAAUGACAAUCACUUGUACAAAAAUAAUUUCUAAUGAAUCACUUGCAACCUGAUAGUCCUGUUAUAGUUAAGUACAAAUUAAAAUGAAAAAUGUUAAGGAUAUGCAUUUGAGUGUAAAUAAUAAACAAUUGUAAUACGA